UCCAUUUACUGCCGCCAGCGACCUUGGCUACCUUCAUCUCCACCCCCACGUGGGCUAUUUACUGCCGGAAUCACAGAUAGUCUCUCCUCUCUCUUCUUCGUCUCCAAACAUCAGAAAUUCUCUCUAAAAAAAGACCCGAAAAUCAGUGCCAAAAUCGGACACAAAAAUCGCAUCACACAGCCGUGAGCAUAGAAAGCGUGCUCUAUCUGAGGAGUAGGGUCCGUGCUAGGUAGAUCGAAGCGGCUCGGAGCCAGAAGCCGGUUGCCAUGGCAGGAGGAGUUGCAGGAGGUGGCGGCGGCGGAGGAAGGGGGGAUUCGUUGCCUCAGAGGGCGUGGAGGCAGUACCUGCUCCAGCUCCGACUCCACCCUCUACGCACCAAGAUGAUCACGGCGGGGUGCCUCGCCGGCGUCAGCGACUCUGUGGCCCAGAAGCUCUCCGGGUACCAGAAGAUCGAGAAGCGCCGCCUCCUUCUCAAGAUGAUCUUUGGCUUUGCAUAUGGUGGCCCAUUUGGGCAUUUCCUUCAUAAAGUGUUGGAUUAUAUCUUUAAAGGGAAGAAGGAUACAAAAACUGUAGCUAAGAAGGUCUUGCUGGAGCAGAUCACUUCAUCUCCCUGGAACAAUAUUCUAUUCUUAUUCUACUAUGGAUAUGUUGUUGAGAGAAGGCCUUUCAAGGAGGUGAAGACUAGGGUCAGGAAACAGUAUCCUUCAGUGCAAUUGUCUGCUUGGAUGUUCUGGCCAAUAGUUGGUUGGAUAAACCACCAAUAUGUACCAUUGCAGUUCCGGGUGAUUGUCCACAGCUUUGUUGCAUGCUGUUGGGGGAUAUUUCUCAACCUCCGUGCGAGGGCUAUGUCUUUGAAGCAGUCCUAGAGGAAAGAAAAUGUGGCACAGCUCCAACUUGGCUCACAUGAUCAGAUGGCAAGGAUGCUAAGCCCUAUAUUAUGUGCUGCUUGUAGUUUGUUGAUAUAUUUCUCUAGUAUAUUGUUGGUUUAUUUGUUUUGCCUUGUCUAAGCGAGGCUGCUUAUCUAAGUACUCUGUUAGUUAAGCUCUCUGAUGGGACGAAAUUAUGUUAUCUAUGGAAGAACUGUGCCUACAUUUUGACAGCAAGUUUGUGCAGCAACUGGUCACAUCUCUUUUUUC